ACCGAACCCAGUCUGAUUCUUGUCUGUUUUCUCCGCUACUUUGGCUGCUGUGCUCACACAGAAAUACCCAGAGAGAGAGAGGGCCAGUGACAGUGGGAACGAAGGAGGAUUUCGCCAAUAAAUCUCCAUCUCAUCCGUCCAUCUGUCUGUCCAACUAUCGAGCUCAGAAAUGUAUGCCGACUUUGGAGUUGCAGACCUGUUUCCAUACUUUCAGGGCUUCUCUCUGGAAGUUGAACCCCUCGAGGAGUUCUGUGGCUUUCAGAAGAACAAUGCUUCAACUAGCAACCUGAUUCAGACAUUCACCAUCUCAGAAUAUGACCUUGGGGGAGAAGGAGAUCUCUUCAAAGCUCCAGAACCUAUCAUAGAAGAACCAGAGAUGGCUCUUGAUCCCAUUACAGCUGCCGUUUCAGUGAUUUCUUCUGGGGAAAAUGUCAUGUCCUACCAAAUAAUAAAGGACACAGACAUGGAAUCAAUUCAAGGCGAGCACCUACUGAGUGAGGUAUUCUAUGGGUGCAAAAAUGCUCUCAUGGCGAAGUCUGCCAUAUCAUCCCCUGAAGUCUCAGAUAUCAAGUUUCCUUCCAUGUUAAUGGAGGAUGUUCCAAUUGCAGAGAAAGAUCAGUUAGUCAUGGAGGGGCCAAUUGAGAAAACUUUUAGCUCAGAAUGUUUGAGCUCAAUGGAGUGGACAAAUUGUGGUGCUAUAAGACCAAACUUCCUUGAUUUUCAGGUGGACUUUGAUGAUGCCUAUGGAAUUCGAAGAGCAUUCAGUGAAGGGGAUAUACAGACUCUUGGUGAUGGUAAUAUGAACUUCAUCCACUCUCACUUUAAGCGGCCAUUUACCAUUGGCAACUACACCAUUGAAGAACGCAUGCAAAGGCUUUCCAGAUACAGGAAAAAGAAGAUGAAGAGGAACUUUGGCCGGAAAAUUAAGUAUGCUUGCAGGAAAGCUCUGGCCGACAGUCAACCUAGGGUCCGUGGAAGAUUUGCAAGAACAGAAGAGUUAGAAGUUUCCAAGAAAUAGAAUAAUAUGUCAAAUGGGAGGAGCAAGAGAGAUCAGGUAGGCUUCUUCUAUUUUCCGUGGUAGUAUGGACGAGGGCAAGGAGGAUUCAAUAUAGCCCUGGCACCAACCUAGCAGCUCAAAUUUCUAUAUUAGCCAGUAGAAAAGCUGAACUAGCCAGCGUCUCUUCCUUGUUGUAGUAGUCUUUUAAUCUGUUUUGUGGGUCAAUAAUCAAUAUUAGUCGCUCGGCGUUGUAAAUAGUGCAUGUGCUUAAUAAAAGGAAUUUAGUCGCUCUCGGCUUUGUAUUUA